UGACUCCAUUAAUGGCGGCUUAAUCCUUCGUUGAUCUCCUCUUUCUCUCUCUGCUUUUGCAGCUAUGGCGUCUACAGUAACUCGCAGAUUUACAACCAAACUUCUUAGAAAUCCUUCAUUCCUCAGAGAUUCCCAAAUAAACCCAAAACUCUCAACCCCCUUCAAUUCGUAUGUCAAAUCAACUCCUUUUAUCCAAAAUCAGCCACCAUUUCUUGGUAUGGUUCAAAAGGAAAUCAGUUAUUCUCAGUACAUGGAGAAUCUCAAAUUUCAAGCUCAUGGAUUAGCGUUUCCGAAUCACCAAAACCCUCUUAAGAUGAACCCCAGAUACUUUUCAUCUAGUAAUGAGGAUGGUGGAAACCCUAAAAGCCCUAGUGAGUAUCCGAGUGAAAACCCUGAAUUUAAGCACCAGGAGAUCACAGGACCAACUGUUGAGCGUGACCUUACGCCACUUGCAAAUGAGACCCGUGAAGUGCUUGAGAAAAUGCUUAAGACAAUGUAUAGUUUGAGCAAAGCAUUUGCUGUACUUGGGCUUGUACAUCUUGGUUUAGGAGCUUGGCUUACUUACAAGACUCAGUCUUCCCCAAUUCCUGAGAUCUCAAUACAAAGUUUCUUGGCUUUUGGGUUGCCAUUUUCCUUGGCAUUCAUGUUGAGGAGAGCGCUGAAACCGAUUUACUUCUUUAAGAAAAUGGAAGAACAAGCUAGGUUGCAGAUUUUGACUCUUACUCUACAGGCUGCUAAGCAAUUGAACUUGUUGUUUGUUCGUGCUCGAGGUGUUACUUACUCAUGUGUUGCUGUUACAUCCCUUGGAUUGAUCCUUGUUGUUUUCUCUAGAUUGAGUAAUUGAUUCUCUGCUACCAUUAAUACAUCAAUAUGAACAUGAAUAAGAGUUGCCAAUUUUGAAUGUUCCAAUCUUUUGAUUUGAAUCACGCGGUUUAAGUAGUUGCAACAAGUGUUUGAUGUUGAAUUUGUAAGCUAAAUACUGAUCAAGAUUAGAUUUUCUGGGGAAGUUUUAGCGAAUAAUGUCGAGUACAAUGAAAAUCUAUCAUACCUUUGUUUUUUCUA